AUGCCAGUGCCAGAACUGAUUUGCAAAGUUCGAUCUGGCAAUUUUGAUGUCGAAGAUGCACCACGGUCUGGAAGGCCGGUCGAAGCUGACAAAGAUGCGAUAAAGGCAUUAGUUGAUGCAAAUCGGCGAACAACCACACGAGAGAUCAGUGAGAGGUUAAAUUUGUCGAAUUCGACUGUUUAUGGCUACUUGAAAGGCCUGGGCUUAACCUUGAAGCUCGAUGUGUGGGUGCCCCAUGUUCUUACGGAGCGAAAUUUGUGUCGGCGCGUUUACGUGUGUGAUUCGCUCCUCAAACGUCAGGAAAAGGAUCCAAUUUUGAAGCGGAUUAUUACUGGGGACGAAAAAUGGGUCGUAUACAACAAUGUGAAAUGCAAGAGGCCAUGGAGCAGAAAAGAUGAACCGGCUCAAAGCGUUUCAAAAGCCAACAUUCACCAAAAAAAAAAAAAAGGUGCUGCUGUCCAUUUGGUGCUUUUACCGGACAAUACAACUAUUAAUUUGGAAGUCUAUUGUCAUCAGCUGGACAAAUUGAAUGAUGCACUUAAACAGAAGAGGCCAGAAUUAACCAACAGGAAGGGUGUAGUGUUCCACCAGGAUAAUGCGAGACCUCAUACAAGUUUGGUCACUCGCCAAAAGCUUUCACAGCUUGAAUGGGACAUACUGCAACACCCACCAUAUUCUCCAGAUCUGGCGCCUUCCGAUUAUUAUUUGUUCCGGUCUCUGCAAAAUUUUUUGGAUGGUAAAACCUUUACCUCAAAUGAAGAUGUCAAAAACCACCUGAAUCAGUUUUUUGCCAGCAAGGACCAAAACUUUUAUGAGCGGGGAAUCAUGCUACUGCCAGAAAGAUGGCAAAAGGUAUUGGACCAGAAUGGCCAAUAUAUAAUUUAA